AUGCCAGAUUGGGGAGAGGCAUCAGCAGGAAAGUAUCAAAUUCUUACAACAUUUCUGCUCUGCUGCGUACAAUUGCCAAUCACUUUCAGUGACCACUUGUUGACUCUGUACGCAUGGGCUCCACCACACAGAUGUCGUCUGCCACCACAGAACGAGACCCUGACGGUCCCAACCCUUUCACGUCCCAUCGUCGAAAGAAAUGGGCGGAAAAUGUUCUCUUCCUGCCUGAUGUACCUGGACCCCAAUGACCAUUCUGUUGGGACGCAGUCCUGCAGCCAUGGAUGGGAAUUCCUGCACAGCGAGGAAGAGUGGACUCUUGUAACUGAGUGGAAUCUAGUCUGUGAACGAGAAUAUCUGAUUAAUCUCUUACCGUAUGUAUAUACUGCGGGUACCAUGCUGGGAGGUUUGCUGUUUGGAGUUUUAGCUGAUCACUAUGGGAGGAGAUUCAAUCUGCUGGCAGCCCUCUUCCUUCAUACCUUUUUGGGACUUGCUUUACAUUUCUUUUCUCUGUACAUAUUUUAUGCUGUUGGGUACGCACUGCAAGGAAUUUUAGUCACGGCAAUACAGUGUAUAUCAUUUACCUUACUUCUUGAGACAGUAUCGUAUCCAUAUCAUCUCAAAUCAACAUUCUUCCUGAGCUUUGUCACACCAUUUGGAGUUAUAGUUUUGUCCAUAGUAGCAUGGCUCAUAAAAAAUUGGAGAUACAUUCAGCUGGCCAUAUCCGCACCUGGCAUCGUAUGCUUAGGUUACUUUUGGCUGAUUCCUCGGUCCCUCCCGUGGUUGCUGGCUGAAGGUUAUGUUGCUGAAGCUGAAAAGCAGCUACUGCGAUUCGCAAGGUUCAACAAAACUCUUCUCCCUCACAACUUCCGUAUUCGGUUGAUGAACUUUUGCAAAGCUAUCAAGUCAUUCUCACAAGGCUCUCACCACAGCCUGGAAACUGUUGUAUGCUCAGCAAAGAUCCGAAGAUAUACAUUUAUUCUUUAUUAUAUGUGGUUCGUCUCAUCCCUGGAAUCCGAAACUUCUUCAACAGAGUUACCAGCCCUAAAGAACAACAAGUAUGCCUCACUCUUCGUCAAAGGGCUGAUGGACGCUGGAAUGCUCAUUUUGUUAUAUUUCUUUGCUCAGAGGUUUGGGCCUCGUAUUGCUCAUGCCACAUUUCUCAUCUUUGGAGGUACUCUAUGCAUCGGAUCUGCAGUAGUCGGCUACACGUAUUACAUACUGUUUAAUUUUUUUAUUUCUUUUUCAGAGAUCAUCUAUUUUUCAUUAUCAUUAAUGUCACCUGUACUUUCUGUGCUCGGAAAAACAUGUGUUCGCUCUGUGAUCGCCACAAAUAUAUUUUUCACCAUCAAAAUCUUCCCUACUGGAGUCAGAGCCGUUGGGUUAGGUACCUGUCUGUUUUGGACCAGAGCAGCUAACCUUUUGGGAGUUCAUAUUUCUUCUUUGAACUCGAACUAUUUCUUUCCUUUGGCAAUAUGUGGUACGCUUUCAUUGAUUGGAGGAUGUUUGACAUCUUUUUUGCCAUCUAACUUCAAUCGGCCUUUACCAAAUGUAGCUCUUGAAGUGGAAAAACCAAUGAUUCUGGAAGCUUCGCAUUCCAGGAGAAAAAGACCUCGUCACCUGUGCAUACCUCAACAAGGCAUACUGGCUUCCAUCGACACAGACGAUUUCCAUUUCGAAGAAGAACAAGAAAACGAGAAAAAUAACACUUUACUGGAACUUAAUGUUCAAGAAUUCCAGAGACUACCCCAAGAUCCUUCACUGGGGUUGCCUCAUCCGUGCGACGUUGCAGGUCCCAGUCGAUUGUAUUGCCAUAGCCCAGAAAAGAGUUCUAUCAUAGACAAGGAAGACGCCGAAUCGAGACUGACAGAUUUGGAAGAUGAACUGAGUAAAAUUUGGGACAUGAACGCUGUUCGUGAAGAAGAAACUCUUUCGGAAUCUUUGCAUGAGUUUCGACAUGGCGAUGUUAAAGAACAUUACCUCAGAAUGAAUGAGACUCGUUUUUAA